AUGGUCAAGAUUCAAGAAGCAAUUUACCAUGGCAUAAUUGCUGCAGAUUUUCUCUGUAAAACUAAACGAGUUUUCCAGGCUAUCGAGCUGUGGAACGAGUGCUUAAUACUCCUAAACAACAAAGCCUUACAAAACGAACAUAAACUUGCUAGAGAAGGGAGUAUAGCGCUGUACAGGAGGCUGUUUUAUGGAAAUACUGCUAUUAAAAAACUUUCCCCGGCAAUAGAAUCUGGCAAAAAACUUUUAGUCCUACUUCGUAAUUGUGACAGAAAAAAAGAAGAAGGUAACACAGCCUUGAAUUUAUCAACACUGUACCACCAAAAAGGUGAAUACAAGGAGGCACAAGCAUUCCUCGAAAGAGCACUCUACGUUAACAAACAAAUCGAAGACAAAGACGGAGAAGCGUCAUGCUACAGAAACCUGGGAGCUGUGUUUACAUCUGUCGGUCAAUAUGCCAAGGCUGAAGAAUAUCUUCAUAAAGCACUUACCAUUAACACAGAAAUUGGCAAUAAGCACGGAAAGGCGUUAUGUCACAUAAAACUAGCAACUGUGUUUGUAUCUGUCGGAGAAUAUGCCAAGGCUGAAGAAUAUCUUCAUAAAGCACUUACCAUCAACACAGAAAUCCGCCAGAAAGACGUAGAAGCGUCAUGCUACAUAAACCUAGCAACUGUGCUUAAAUCUGUCGGAGAAUAUGCCAAGGCCGAAGAAUAUAUUCAUAAAGCACUUACCAUCAACACAGAAAUCGGCCAGAAAGACGUAGAAGCGUCAUGCUACAUAAACCUAGCAACUGUGUUUGAAUCUGUCGGAGAAUAUGCCAAGGCUGAAGAAUAUCUUCAUAAAGCACUUACAAUCAACACAGUAAUUGGCAACAAACACGGAGAAGCGUCAUGCUAUGGAAACCUAGGAGUAAUGUUCAAAACUGUCGGAGAAUAUGCCAAGGCUGAAGAAUAUCUUCAUAAAGCACUUACAACCAGCACAGUAAUUGGCGACAAACACGGAGAAGCGUCAUGCUAUGGAAACCUAGGAGUAAUGUUUAAAACUGUCGGAGAAUAUGCCAAGGCUGAAGAAUAUCUCCAUAAAGCACUUACCAUACACAUAGAAAUUCGCGACAAACAUGGAGAAGCGUCAUGCUAUAUAGACCUAGGAACUGUGUAUAGAUCUGUUGGAGAAUAUCCCCAGGCUAAAGAAUAUCUUCAUAAAGCACUUACCAUCAAGACAGAAAUUGGCGACAAACGCGGACAAGCGUCAUGCUACAUAAACAUAGGAAAUGUGUUUGCAUCUGUCAGAGAAUAUGCAAAGGCUGAAGAAUAUCUUCAUAAAGCACUUACCAUCAAGACAGAAAUUGGCGACAAACACGGAGAAGCGAUAUGCUACGGAAACCUAGGAGCAAUCUUUCAAGCUGUCGGAGAAUAUGCCAAGGCUAGAGAAUAUAUUCAUAAAGCACUUACCAUCAACACAAAAAUUGGUGACAAACACGGAGAAGCGUCAUGCUACAUAAACCUUGCAACUGUGUUUCGAUCUGUCGAAGAAUAUGCCAAGGCUGAAGAAUAUCUUCAUAAAGCACUUACCAUCAACACAGAAAUCGGCGACAGACACGGAGAAGCGUCAUGCUACGGAAACCUAGGAAUAAUGUUUGAAUCUGACGGAGAGUAUGCUAAGGCUGCAGAAUAUCUUCAUAAGGCACUUGCCAUCAACACAGAAAUUGGCGACAAACACGAACAAGCGUCAUACUAAAUAAACCUAGGAACUGUGUCUCGAUCUGUCGGAGAAUAUGUUAAGGCCCAAGAAUAUCUUCAUAAAGCACUUACCAUCAACACACAAAUUGGCAACAAAGAAGGAGAAGCGAUAUGCUACCGAAACCUAGGAACUGUGUUUAAUUGUGCCAGAGAAUAUGCCAAGGCUAAAGAAUAUCUUCAUCAAGCACUUACCAUCACGACAGAAAUUGGCGACAAACACGGACAAGCGAAAUGUUACGAAAACCUAGGAAUAAUCUUUCAAGCUGGCAGAGAAUAUGCCAAGGCUGAAGAAUAUCUUCAUAAAGCACUUACCAUCAACACAUACAUUGGCGACAAACACGGAGAAGCGUCAUGCUACAUAAACCUUUCAACUGUGUUUCGAUCUGUCGAAGAAUAUGCCAAGGCUGAAGAAUAUCUUCAUAAAGCACUUACCAUCAACACAGAAAUCGGCGACAGACACGGAGAAGCGUCAUGCUACAUAAACCUAGCAACUGUGUUUGAAUCUGUCAGAGAAUAUGCCAAAGCUGAAGAAUAUCUUCAUAAAGCACUUACCAUCAAGACAGAAAUUGGCGACAGACACGGACAAGCGUCAUGCUAUAUACAGCUAGGAACUGUGUUUAAAUCUGUCAGAGAAUAUAUCAAGGCUGAAGAAUACCUUCAUAAAGCACUUACCAUCAACACAGAAAUCGGCGACAAAGACAGAGAAGCGUCAUGCUACAUAAACCUAGGAACUGUGUCUCGAUCUGUCGAAGAAUAUGCCAAGGCUGAAGAAUAUCUUCAUAAAGCAGUUACCAUCAAGAAAGAGAUUGACGACAAAGACGGAGAAGCGAUAUGCUACGGAAACCUAGCUAAAAUCUUUCAAGCUGUCAGAGAAUAUGCUAAGGCUCAAGAAUAUCUUCAUAAAGCACUCACCAUCAAGACAGAAAUUGGCGACAGACACGGACAAGCGUCAUGCUACAUAAACCUAGGAAAUGUAUUACAGUCUGUCAGAGAAAAUUCCAAGGCUAAAGAAUAUCUUCAUAAAGCACUUAACAUCAACACAGAAAUCGGCGACAAAAACGGACAAGCGUCGUGCUACAUAAACCUAGGAACUGUGUUUGUAUCUGUUGGAGAAUAUGCCAAGGCUGAAGAAUAUCUUCAUAAAGCACUUACCAUCAAGACAGAAAUCGCCGACAAAGAAGGACAAGCGUCAUGCUACAUAAACCUAGGAACUGUGUUUCGAUCUGUCGAAGAAUAUGCCAAGGCUGAAGAAUAUCUUUAUAAAGCACUUACCAUCAACACAGAAAUUGGCGACAAAGACGGAGAAGCGUCAUGCUACAUAAACCUAGCAACUGUGUUUGGAUCUGUCGGAGAUUAUGCUAAGGCUGAAGAAUAUCUUUAUAAAGCACUUACCAUCAACACAGAAAUCGGCGACAAAGACGGAGAAGCGUUAUGCUACAUAAACCUAGGAAAUGUGUUUCGAUCUGUCGAAGAAUAUGCCAAGGCUGAAGAAUAUCUUCAUAAAGCACUUACCAUCAACACAGAAAUUGGCGACAAACACGGAGAAGCGUCAUGCUAUAUAAACCUAGGAACUGUGUAUAGAUCUGUUGGAGAAUAUCCCCAGGCUAAAGAAUAUCUUCAUAAAGCACUUACCAUCAACACAGAAAUUGGCGACAAACACGAAGAAGCGUCAUGCUACAUAAACGUAGGAACUGUGUAUAGAUCUGUCGGAGAAUAUGCCAAGGCUAAAGAAUAUCUUCAUAAAGCACUUACCAUCAACACAGAAAUUGGCGACAAAGACGGAGAAGCGUCAUGCUACAUAAACCUAGGAACUGUGUUUCGAUCUGUUGGAGAAUACGCCAAGGCUGAAGAAUAUCUUCAUGAAGCACUUACCAUCAACACAAAAAUUGGCGACAAACACGCAGAAGCGUCUUGCUACAUAAACCUAGGAACUGUGUUUAGAUCUGUCGGAGAAUAUGCCAAGGCUGAAAAAUAUCUUUAUAAAGCACUUACCAUCUACACAGAAAUUGGCGACAAACACGCAGAAGCGUCAUGCUACGCAAACCUGGAAAUAAUGUUUAAAUCUGUCGGAGAAUAUGCCAAGGCUGAAGAAUAUAUUGAUAAAGCACUUACCAUCACGACAGAAAUUCUCGACAACCAAGGAAUAGCGCCAUGCCACAUAUACCCAGGAAGUGUGUUUCAAUCUGUCGGAGAAUAUGCCAAGGCUGUAGAAUAUCUCCAUAAAGCACUUACCAUCAAGACAGAAAUUGGCGACAAACACGGAGAAGCGUCAUGCUACGUAAACCUAGGAACUGUGUUUGGCUCUGUGAGAGAAUAUGCCAAGGCCGAGGAAUAUCUUCGUAAAGCACUUACUAUCAAGACAGAAAUUGGCGACAAACACGGAGAAGCGAUAUGCUACAGAAACCUAGGAACAGUCUUUCAAGCUCUCGGAGAAUAUGCCAAGGCUGAAAAACAUCUCCUUAAAGCACUUACCAUCAACACAGAAGUUGGCGACAAACACACAGAAGCGUCAUGCUACAUAAACCUAGGAACUGUGUUUCGAUCUGUCGGAGAAUAUGCCAAGGCUGAAGAAUAUCUUCAUAAAGCACUUACCAUCAACACAGAAAUUGGCGACAAACACGGAGAAGCGUCAUGCUACAUAAACCUAGGAACUGUGUUUCGAUCUGUCGGAGAAUAUGCCAAGGCUGAAGAAUAUCUUCAUAAAGCACUUACCAUCAACACAAAAAUUGGCGACAAACACGCAGAAGCGUCUUGCUACAUAAACCUAGGAACUGUGUUUGAAUCUGUCGGAGAAUAUGCCAAGGCUGAAAAAUAUCUUUAUAAAGCACUUACCAUCUACACAGAACUCGGCGACAAAGACGGAGAAGCGUCAUGCUUCAUAAACCUGGGAAUUGUGUUUCAAUAUGUCGGAGAAUAUGCCAAGGCUGAAGAAUAUCUUCAUAAAGCACUUACCAUCACGACAGAAAUUGGCGACAAACACGGAGAAGCGUCAUGCUACGGAAACCUAGGAAAUGUGUCUCGAUCUGUCGGAGAAUAUGCCAAGGCUGAAGAAUAUCUUCAGAAAGCACUUACCAUAAUCACAGAAACUGGCGACAAAGACGGAGAAGCGUCAUGCUACAUAAACCUAGCAAUUGUGUUUCGAUAUGUCGGAGAAUAUGCCAAGGCUGAAGAAUAUCUCUAUAAAGCACUUACCAUGAAGACAGAAAUUGGCAACAAACACGGAGAAGCGUCAUGCUACAUAAUCCUGGGAACUGUGUUUGAAUCUGUCGGAGAAUAUGCCAAGGCUGAAGAAUAUCUUCAUAAAGCACUUACCAUCAACACAGAAAUUGGCGACAAACGCGCAGUAGCGUCAUGCUACGGAAACCUAGGAGCUGUAUCUCGAUCUGUCGGAGAAUAUGCCAAGGCUGAAGAAUAUCUUUGUAAAGCACUUACCAUCAACACAGAAAUUGGCAACAAACAAGCAGAAGCUUCAUGCUACUUAAACCUAGGAACAAUGUUUGAAUUUGUCGGACAAUAUGCCAAGGUUGAAGAAUUUCUUCAUGAAGCACUCGCCAUCGAGACGAACAUUUGCGAUAAAGACGGAGAAGCGUCAUGCUACUUAAAGCUUGCAGGUGUGUUUCUAAAUGUCAAAGAAUACGCCAAGGCUGAAAAAUAUCUUCAUAAAGCACUUACCAUCAAGACAGAAAUUGGCGACAAACACGGAGAAGCGACAUGCUACAUAAACCUAGGAGCCUAUUUUCAAUCUGUCGGAGAAUAUGCCAAGGCUGAAGAAUAUCUUCAUAAAGCACUUACCAUGAAGACAAAAAUCGGCGACAAAGACGGAAAAGCGACAUGCUACAUAAAUUUAGGACAUCUGGCAGUUAAGGUUGGCGAAUGGGCGAAGGCUCAAAAAUAUUUUGAGGAAGCUCUUCAAAUUAUCAGGGGGACUGGAAACAUGGAUUUGCAAUUUAAAACUUUCCUUUCUCUACAUGAAAGUUCUUUAAAGAUAACAGGAAACUCAUCUGAAGCCUUAUCGAAUCUCCGGAGAAGCAUUCAAAUUUGCGAAAAACUGCUUCUUUCUCUAGGAAGCAAUGAUUGCCGCAAUAUAUCAUUUUUUGACAAGCACGCCUCUGCGUAUCGGCUGUUUUGUUCGUUGAGUUGUUCUUGUGGGAGACCUUAUGAAGCUUUACACGUUGCUGAACUUGGACGGGCCAGAGCUCUAGCAGAACUUAUGUCAAAUCGGUACUCGAUUAAAAAAGAAAUAUCUAUCAACAUACAAUCGUUUGUUGACAUUGAGGAAGUAAUUAUGAGAAAUGGCAACAGCACCUGCCUAUACAUCUCCUAUGACUACAAUGACAAUAUAUUCUUCUGGGUUUUGGCAUACAAAAAACCGGUAGCUUUCCGAAAAACGACAUUUUUUGAAAGCUAUGUUAGCAAGCACGGCAAAAUCUCUGUGGAUGACCUGUUUGGAAACGAAAGGUUGUUAAGAAAUUUUCACGUUUUACCUCAAGAGCAAUGCGAAGACCGAUCACUCUUCUCUUCAUGCGCCAACCAACUUACAAACGAAUCAAAUCUCUCAUCCUUGCGUCCUCUUUUAGAUGAGGAAGAAGUAAUCACAGAACCUGAACUGCCAACACUUUUUCAGGUUUACAAUAUUCUGAUUGCUCCCGUACGUGAUUUGCUAGAAGGAUCUGAAAUCAUUGUUGUUCCUGAUCGCUGCUUCUUCCAAGUUCCCUUUGCAGCAUUACAUGAUAAAAGUAACCGCUAUUUAUCAGAUUCUUUCCGGAUACGCAUUGUCCCUUCUUUGACGACUCUCAAGCUCAUUCUGGACAGUCCAGCGAACUCUCACAGCCAAAAAGGAGCAUUAAUUGUGGGUGAGCCAAGUGUGAUGGAUGUGUAUUUCGAGGGAAAGUUAAGAUAUCUCUGUCCAUUGCCCGGCGCGAAAGCGGAAGCGCAGAUGAUUGCAAGACUACUACCUGAAUCUCAUCUUUUAAUAGGAGAGCAAGCAACAAAGCAAGCAGUUCUUCAGAGAAUACCGUCAGUGAGUCUCGUGCAUUUCGCUGCUCAUGGUGAUGCCGAAAGAGGAGAAAUUGCUCUUACCCCCGCUGACUCCACAAUGGGGACUCCACAUGAAGCAGACUACUUACUGACAAUGACUGACAUUUCACAAGUCAGACUGUCAGCCAAACUUGUGGUCCUUAGCUGUUGUCAUACCGCACGUGGACAGAUCAAAACAGAGGGCGUUGUUGGAAUCGCUCGAGCAUUCUUAGGAUCAGGUGCACGCUCAGUGUUGGUGGCAUUGUGGGCCUUACAAGACAGAGCAACAGAGGAGUUCAUGAGAAUAUUCUACGAAAACCUUGUCCAAGGAGAAAGUGCAAGUGAAUGUCUUCACCGGGCCAUGAGGUGGAUGCGAAAUAACGGUUUCUCUGAAGUGAGGCAGUGGGCACCUUUCAUGCUGAUUGGGGAUGACGUGUCAUUUCACUUUAGCGAAGAGAAGUGAAGGUAAAUACUUCAUGAAAAUUAGGGCGAUAGGAAGUCUGCCAGGUCUUCUUGUAUUGCAGUUUUAUCAACUGGGAACUUUUGGUACUUUUAA